ACUGUGUUGUUGUUUCUUUUUUCAAAGCGUCGUCUUGGAGAUGCUGCCAAAAAAGCUGUUGGUAAACUAACAGCAAGAACUGUAAAGAAAGGCGAUAAGGAAACAGAUCCAGACUUUGAUCACUGCGCUGUCUGCAUUGAAAGCUAUAAGCAAAAUGAUGUUGUACGCAUUUUACCAUGCAAGCAUGUUUUUCAUAAAACCUGUGUAGAUCCAUGGCUGAGUGAGCACUGUACCUGUCCUAUGUGUAAACUGAACAUUUUGAAGGCCUUGGGAAUUGUGACAAAUGUACCGUGUGCUGACAAUAUGGCCUUUGACAUGGAAAGACUAACCAGAGGCCAGCUAGGUAACAGGAGAUCAGUACUUGGUGACCUUAGUAGUGACAGCUCACUCACUCUUGAGCCCUUACGUACUUCUGGAAUAUCACAAUUUCCCCAGGAUGGAGAGCUGACUCCAAGGACAGGCGAGAUCAACAUUGCUGUAACUAAAGAAUGGUUUAUUAUUGCCAGCUUUGGCCUCCUAAGUGCCCUGACACUCUGCUACAUGAUCAUCAAAGCCACUGCAAGCUUAAAUGCUAACGAAGCUGAAUGGUAUUGAAGAUACAAUCGAGCCAGCUGCUGCAAGGAGAAAGCGCUUAUUUUUAUGUAUCAUUUUUUGAUAAUGUAACAAGAAUCUGUUGGCACAUUUUGUUUUCUUAAUUUACUAAUGGUAAAGCUUUGUAUUAAGAAAAGGAUCAAUAAAUUUUUUGA